CGGGUCUAAAAAUUGUGAUGAUAAAUUAUUAGCUUUUCGAUACCCUACUUCAAAAAAUGUGGACCAGAUUAAUGUUAAAGAAUUUGGUGCAUGUACCUCAAAUAAUGAUUUAUGUACAGGAAAACAAAAAGAAAAAGAGCGUUCAGUGACUUUCGAUGAUGAAACAUCAGCGAACAUAGGUUCAAAUAGUUGUGAUUUUAAUCUUAAUGUUUCUCGUCCGGGCAAAGGUUAUCGUAGUGUCCUAGAUAUAUCUUGGAACGAAUUUUCAUUUCCAGGCAUACAUUUGGAACAUAAAUGA